AUGCUGAGUGCUUUGCGAUGUGUGAAGAAUCUCGCCACUCCUGCCGUCAAUAAGCUGAUUGUCGGUAGCCGUGUCCUCCCCGCUUUUACAUCUGUCCGCAGUGUCUCCUACGAGAGAAAGAAGCCCCACUGCAAUAUCGGAACGAUUGGACACGUCGAUCACGGAAAGACGACUCUGACCGCUGCUAUCACGAAGGUUCUUGCCGAGAAGAAUUUAGCCGAGUUUUCUGCAUACGAUCAAAUCGAUAAAGCUCCUGAAGAGCGUGCUCGUGGAAUCACCAUCAACUCGACGCAUGUGGAGUACGAAACGGAGAACCGUCACUACGCCCACGUCGAUUGCCCCGGCCACGCCGAUUAUGUGAAGAACAUGAUCACCGGUGCCGCUCAGAUGGAUGGAGCCAUUCUGGUGGUGUCUGCCGUCGAUGGUCCGAUGCCUCAGACCCGUGAGCACAUCCUGCUCGCCCAUCAGGUGGGAGUUCCGAACAUCGCGGUGUUCAUGAACAAAAUCGAUCUGGUCGACGAUCCCGAGCUGGUCGAGCUGGUCGAAAUGGAAAUUCGUGAGUUGCUGUCCUUCUACAAAUACCCCGGCGACGAAAUCCCCAUCAUCAAAGGCUCUGCGCUCUGCGCGUUGGAAGGCCGCGACGACAAGAUCGGCAAGGACAAAGUGCUGGAGCUGAUGAAGACGGUCGACGAAUACUUCCCUCUGCCGACGCGGCAGCUGGACAAGGACUUCCUGAUGGCGAUCGAGGACGUGUAUUCGAUCCAGGGCCGCGGCACGGUGGUGACGGGCCGCGUGGAGCAGGGCCGCGUGAAGGUGGGCGACGCGGUGGAGAUCUGCGGGCUGAAGCCGACGCUUUCGACCGUCGUGACGGGCGUGGAGAUGUUCCACAAGUCGAUGAACGAGGGCCAGGCGGGAGACAACGUGGGUCUGCUUCUGCGCGGCGUGAAGCGCGAGGAAGUGCUGCGCGGCCAGCUGGUGGCGAAGCCGAAGUCGGUGAAGGUGCACCACAAGUUCGAAGCGAACGUCUACGCGCUCACCAAGGACGAGGGCGGCCGCCACACCCCGUUCACCACCAACUACUCCCCGCAGUUCUUCGUGCGGACGGCGGACGUGUCCGGGAAGAUCACGCUGCCGAAGGAGAAGGAGAUGGUGAUGCCCGGCGACAACAGCGCGAUGACCGUCGAGCUGCAGAAGCCCGUGGGGCUCCACGAGGGACUGCGCUUCGCGCUGCGCGAUGGCGGAAAGACCAUCGGCGCCGGCGUGGUGAGCAAGAUUUUGGAUUGCAGUCAACGGUAA